AUGUCCCGGAAAUCAGGAAAGACGGGGGCUGCCCAGCUUGCCCCGCUCAACCUGGUCGACUUCAGCUUCCUGGACCGCAAGGCGGAGCUGGCGGGCCUGCUGCAGGCCAAGAGCCGCCAGGCGGGCCGGAGUCUGGUGGAGAAUGAGUCGGAUUUCUGGAAGUUUGUGGGCAAAUACGAGGCCAUGAUGCGCUCCACGGGUCAGCCGGUGCUGCCUCCGCUGCUCACGGAGGCGGAGCUGGCCAGCACUCGGCCAUAUCACCGCGGGAAGCACUUGGGCCUGCGCCUGGACAGGGAGGAACUGCUCCAGGAGGCAACGGGUGAGCUGGAGGCCCAGUUCCGGCACCUCCUGCUGGUCUACCUUGACUUCCGGCAGCGGGAGAAGUUCCAGAGCAUCCGAAAGCUGCGCCAGGCGCAGCGCAACCUGCCCAUUGCCCGUUUCCGCGGGGAUUUGCGCCAGGCUUUGGACACAUCGCGCGUGGUCAUCGUGGCGGGAGAUACGGGCUGCGGCAAGUCCACGCAGGUGCCGCAGUUCCUCUACGACUUUGGCUACCGCAGCAUAGCCUGCACCCAGCCACGUCGCCUGGCCUGCGUUUCCCUGUGCAAGCGGGUGGCCCACGAGCUCCUCGACGACUACGGCAGCCGGGUGGCCUUCCAGAUUCGCUUCGAGCGCAGCCGCACGCAGCGCACCAACAUCCUGUUCAUCACCGAGGGUCUGCUGCUCCGCCAGCUGGCAGUGGCCGCCAAUCUUGAUCAGUACGAUGCCCUAAUCCUAGAUGAGAUCCAUGAACGGAACCUGUUUGGCGACUUCCUGCUGGGGGUGACCAAAUGCUUGCUGCGAGCGAGGCCGCAACUGAAACUCAUCCUCAUGUCGGCCACCAUCAAUGUGGAGCUCUUUCACGGCUACUUUCGGGAGGAGGGGGCGCAACUGGUGCAGGUUCCAGGACGACUAUUCCCCAUCAAGCUGCGCUACCUGCCGCCACCGGCGCUGGAACUCAAGGCGGGCCAGGCGAAGCGUUCCCAGGGCAGCAACCGCCUCGAUCCGGCGCCCUUUGUCCAGGUGCUCAGCCUGAUUGACCAGCAGUAUCCCACCAGCGAGCGCGGCGACGUGCUGAUCUUCGUGAGCGGCGUCAACGAAAUCGAAUCGGUUGUGGAGGCCGUCCAGGAAUACGCCACCGAGCAGACGCACUGGCUCGUGCUGCCGCUGCACAGUGGCCAGGCCAUCGCGGAGCAGGGCAAGGUAUUUGACUAUGCGCCCGAGGGCUGGCGCAAGUGCAUCGUGUCUACGAAUAUCGCAGAAACCUCGCUAACCGUGGACGGUGUGCGAUUUGUGGUCGAUUCGGGGAAGGUCAAGGAGAUGAGCUACGAUGCCGCCUGCAAGGGCCAGCGCCUCAAGGAGUUCUGGGUGUCCAAGUCGUCGGCGGAGCAGCGCAAAGGACGUGCCGGGCGCACGGGACCAGGUGUCUGCUUUCGCCUCUACACCGCCGAUCAGUUUAGCGCCUUCGAGGCCUAUCCCACGCCGGAGAUCUACCGCGUGCCACUCGACACGAUGCUGCUGCAGAUGGUGUCCAUGGGACUGCCCGACGUCAGGGUCUUUCCUUUUAUCGAGGCGCCCGAGGCGGAGCGCAUCGAGCAAACUAUACUGGCGCUCAAGCAACACUGCGCCCUCAGUGUGGAGGAGAAGAUCACCCCGCUGGGCAGCUCGCUGGCCAACUUGCCCGUGGAGCUGUCCAUCGGCAAGAUGCUGCUCAUGGGCUGUGUCUUUCCCGAGGUGGAGCAGCUGCUCACUUUGGCCGCCAUGCUGAGCGUGCAGAAUCCGCUGACGAAUCGCGCCCACACGGAUCAGCGUUGUGUGCGCGAGCGGGAGUCACUGGAGUCGGAUCAGGGUGAUCUCUUCACUUUGGUGCGUCUCUUCCGCGAGUGGCUGCUGCUGAAAAUGAGGCGCGAGGGCACGCGACAGUGGUGCCGCCGGCUGGGCAUUGAGGAGCAGCGCUUCUACGAGGUGACCAAGCUGCGCCAGCAGUUCCAGCGCAUCCUCGAGAGCUGCGGCAUGGUGGUGGCGACGGCGACGGCCAGCGGAUCCAGCGCCGAGCGAGCCACGCGGCAUGGCGAGCUGCGGCAGCUGAAGGCGAUGAAGCGGCGCCAGCGAUUCGAGCAGCCGCGUCAGCGUAAGCUACUCAAGCAGAGUAACCGCGGUCAGGAGGAGGAUGAGGAUCAGGAGGAUGGGGAGCCGGGCGACGAUAUGCGCGACGUGGAUUUCCGGCUGCGCUUCGAUCCCCGCCAGCUGGCUUUGCUGGAGCGUUCGGCGCGCCUCGAUCGGCACCGCGACGUUGUGCUGCUGAAACUGCUGCUGGGCAGCGGAUUCUACCCGCAACUGGCCAUCAGCGAUGAGUUCAACUACUGCAAGGGCGGCGGCCAGCAGUUCUUUCACACGCAACUCAAGCCCUUCGUUCUGCAGCAUCCAAAUGCCCACUUUGCCAAGCACUACGAGCUGCUCAAGCUGAACGACAGCGAUCUGCUGGCCAAGCCGGACUUUUACACGCCCAAGCAUCCGAUCAGCGAACGCCACCAGCUGCUCUGCUACCAGUCGCUGCUGGAGACCGCCAAGCCCUAUUUGAUCAACUGCAUCCGACUGCCGGCCGCCCAGACGCUGCUGCUCUUUAGUUUUGCCAUCGACACGAACGCCGGCGUAACCCAGAUCGUCUGCGACGGCUGGCUGGGACUGGAUCUGCCCAUGCCAGGCAGUGGAAUGGAGCUUCUCAGCCGCGCCAUCGAGCUGCGGCGACGAUGGAGCCGCCUGCUCUACGCCAAACUGGAGGAUCUCAAUAACAAACAGGAAGCCCCUUCUUCAGGAGUGAAAGAUGGUAGCAGCACGCUCUGGCACGAGCUUCUCGACUUCAUGGCCCUAGACGUGGCAUAUGCGAUUCGCCGGCUGCUGCCCGCCGACAUCAAGAGGCUUUACUCACACGAGGCCCCCUCGGCUCGUCUCCUGGAGCUGAAGGAGAAUCCCUUUGCCGGCGACUAUCCCAUGACGGCCAACGAGGAAAAGGGCGGGCUCAACGUAUCCGAGCACGUGGUGUACGGCUGCCUGGCGGAACAGCCCUGGACAAUGGCCAUGGAUGCGGCACUCCGAGCAGAGCCAUGGACAUGCACACGAUGCGAUUUUGAGCUGGAGGAGUUCGAUGUGCUGGAGCAGCUGGUGCAUCGACCCCAAUGCAAGGGUCGCAAGGUGCAGGGCCGUAGACCCAAGUCGGAUAGCCCAGAACCGGAGGCUUCCAGAAGCUCAACCUCCCACUCCUCCUCCUCCUCCUCUGGCAGCUAUUACUGCGACAACUGCAAAAGGGACUUGCGGCUGACGAAGAUCGACAUCCUGCGACAUCAAAAGCAGUGCCGAUCUGCCAAGUAAUAU